AUGGCACACGCGGGUAAUGCCACGUCAGCCUCUGACGGCAGCAACUGGGCUGCGCUCCUGCUGGCCGCAGGAUCCGGCGCCGUGGUGGCGGCAGCCGCGUCGUACUACUUCCAUUCGCAAGCGCUCGCGAAGUUCGCCGAACAGGAUGGCAAGCUGAAGCCGCAGAAGAUGCGCAAGGUGACGACCGCCCCUGCGCGCCGAGCUGCGCCCACCCCGGGCGUGCCGCUGCGCCCGCAGCAGCGGAGCCAUCGAAACUCCCAGUCAAACGCCGCCAAUCCCUACGCCUUCGACCCGCUCGCGGGCAGUUUCAGCCCGGGCAGUCUGCCCGGAAAACUGGCGUCCUCGCUGGACCGGCAGGACAUGCAGGCUCUCAGCGCCGCGCGGCUGGCGGCGGCGAACGCGUCGGCUGCAGUGGCGUCGGGGCUGCGAGAAGGCAAUUUCCAAAGUGACCUGCUUCCGCCGCGCUCGGUGAGCGCGCACUCGUCGGUGGUGGGGGGGGGGAUGGGCGUGGAGGAGGCGGAGGAGGAGGCGGAGGAGGAGGACAUGGGGGAGGAGGGGGAGGAGGUGAUGGUGGAGGAGCUGGGGGAGGGGGGGGAGGGGGAGGGCGGGGAGGGCGCGGAGAAGGAGGCGGAGGGGCGGGGGGAGGCGCGGGUGAAGAGGGCGGUGAGCGUGCAGGACAGCAUUCACCACCCGGUGUCUGACCCGGGCACAGCUGACAGGCUUAGGAAGGCGCCAGAGGUGGAGGACUACGUGCGCCUCAACCUCUACCCGCAAGACAUGCCGAGCACGGAGGACGAGGAGGUGUGUGUGUUGCUGCAGGAGUGUCUGCAGCUGAGGGACAAGUACGUGUUCAGAGAGGCCGUGAAGCCCUGGCAUGCCGACGCCAACGCACUGCCCAUGCCCGACCCCAGCGACCCCUUCCGCUACGACCCGCUCCCGCCCUCCGAUGUGAGCCACCCCCUCCCACCCUCCCAUGACGCUACCGUUGGAUUCGAGCAGGGUUAUCAUAGCGCCAACACCCUCCGCAUGCCACCCCAGCAACCCCUCCACCUGCGAACCCUUCUCUGUGCUGCAGCCUUUGAUCAUGUGAUAGAGAUGGUGGAUGGUGUGGUGAAGAUAUUCGCAGAUAAGGACGCCAAGGAGCGGGGAGAGGAGCUGUUCCCAGUGCACGACGCCACAACGUUCUUCACCGAUCUGCACCGCAUCCUCAAGAUCACCUCCCUGGGCCACGUGCGCUCCCUCUGCUUCCACCGCCUGCGCCUCCUCGAACAGGUCAGCCGGCCCACCACUGAGCGGUACCACCUGCACCUGACGCUGAACGCGGAUCGCGAGUUCAAGGCGCAGAAGAGCGCGCCGCACCGCGACCUGUACAACGUGCGCAAGGUGGACACGCACGUGCACCACAGCGCCUGCAUGAACCAGAAGCACCUCCUGCGCUUCAUCAAGUCCAAGCUGCGCAAGGAGCCCGAUGAGGUGGUGAUCUUCCGUGACGGCAAGUACCUCACGCUCAAGGAGGUGUUUGAGAGCCUCGACCUCACCGGCUACGAUCUGAACGUGGAUCUGUUGGACGUGCACGCGGACAAGAACACGUUCCACCGCUUUGACAAGUUCAACCUCAAGUACAACCCGUGCGGGCAGAGCCGACUGAGAGAGAUCUUCAUCAAACAGGACAACCUCAUCCAGGGAAGGUUCUUGGCGGAGGUGACAAAGGAGGUGUUCACGGAUCUUGUGGCAUCCAAGUACCAGAUGGCGGAGUACAGGGUGUCGAUCUAUGGGCGCAAGAUGAGCGAGUGGGACCAGCUCGCCAGCUGGGUCGUCAACAACGACCUCUACUGCCCCAACGUCGUCUGGCUCAUCCAGCCUCGCCAUCCCUUCAUCCACCAUUCCUGCGCCCCUCGCCAUUCCGCUCGUCUCUCUCUGUCGCUUCCUCUGCGCCCUCUGCCUCCCUUGUUAAUCACGCCUCCCUGUCGCUGCAACGCGUACACGGAGAUAUUCAAGCUGCUGCCGUUCUUCUCCCCCCUCCACCCCUCCCUCCCGUCCCCCCUCCCUCCCUCCCUCCCUCCCUCCCUUCCCCCCUCCCUCCCUCCCUGCUCUUUGCCCCUCUCUCUACUUACACCCCCCCGUGCACGGCAGCUGCCGCGGCUGUACAACGUGUACAAGGACAUGGGCAUAGUGGCGUCCUUUCAGACGAUGCUGGACAACAUCUUCCUGCCGCUCUUCCAAGUCACUGUUGACCCCUCCUCGCACCCGCACCUCCACAUCUUCCUCAACCACGUGGUGGGGUUUGACAUGGUGGACGAUGAGAGCCGUCCGGAGCGCCGCCCCACGAAGCACAUGAUAACGCCGGCGGAGUGGACCAACCCCUUCAACCCCGCCUACGCCUACUACACCUACUACGUCUACGCCAACCUCCUCAAACUCAACCGCGUCUCACAGCUGCGCGAGUCCAAGGGCCUCUCCAUCCUCAAGUUCCGCCCGCACUCUGGAGAGGCGGGAGACGUGGACCACCUAGCAGCCACGUUCCUGACGGCGCACAACAUAGCGCACGGCAACAACCUGCGGCGCACGCCAGCGCUGCAGCACCUGUACUACCUGGCGCAGAUCGGGCUCGCCAUGUCGCCGCUGAGCAACAACUCGCUGUUCCUGGACUACCACAAGAACCCCUUCCCACUCUUCUUUGCACGCGGGCUCAACGUGUCGCUGAGCACGGACGACCCCCUCAUGAUCCACCUCACCAAGGAGCCGCUUGUUGAGGAAUACAGCAUCGCCGCGCAGGUGUGGCGCCUGACAUCAUGCGAUCUCUGUGAGAUCGCCCGCAACUCCGUCUACCAGUCAGGCUUCUGGCACCCCACCAAGGCGCAUUGGAUCGGGCCGCGCUACUUCCUGCGCGGGCCAGACAGCAACGACAUCCACCGCACCAACGUGCCGCACAUCCGCAUCGAGUUCCGCUACCAGGCAUGGGAGGCGGAGAUGGAGUAUGUGUAUCUGGGCAAGGCCAAGCUGCCUCAGGAGAUCGACUCCUGA